AUGGGCCCCAAGUGCACUCCAACUGCUGCUUCGUCGUCCGCUUCAACAGUUCGAGUCACAGUGCAGGUGGAUUUGCCAGCUGCUCUCCCCGAGGCUGCAGAGUGGGUGGUAGUGGAACAUCCUCCCCGACUCCUUCCUGCUGUGCGUGAUAGGUUGGCUGCUCGACUAUCUUCUAGGAGUGCGAAGGCUUCUCCAAAGGAUCGUAUCGAGGCUGCCUGGGAGGCAGGUUACAACAGUCGCGACAAGGACUUGGCAGCCGAGGACGUCGUCAGGCCUCCUGGUCUUGGGAUCUCGAACAGCUGCUGGUUGGGUGUCAGAGUGGAUCAAACGGUGUGGGUGGUGGUUCGUCGUCGAGCCGCUGCCGAGGCGGAAGCUUGGGUGUUGGGCUACGGCCUUGACCAGCGAUCGGGGACUCUUCCCAUUGCUGAGACUAGCAACGAUCCUGAAUGGCUUCUGCUUCGCCUUCCCGGGGAAACUUCAGUACGAGAGGCUGCCGUCGUUCCUAUCCUGAGAAGGGUGGGUGGGCUGCUCUUGGGGAUGGAUUCCUCUUUCAUCACCGCCACGGAGAUAGCCAGUGGCACCAUCGCGAAUGUCACCAGUGCCCUUGGGCCCACCCGCAUAGUCCAGGUAGACGGUCUGCCAGACGACGAGGACGCCGACCCCGUAGAGAUCAGCAUGCUUUUGGUGGAUUGGCCCCAGUCUCAUUACAAGUUUCUGCUGGGCGGGGGGACAGCUCCCAAUUGGCCUGUGGGGACAAUCUUCCCUCAUUCCGCAGAGGAGGUGUUCCACGCGGUGAACUACGACCAACUGGACGAGGGACCACAGACAGAUGCGUACCACACAGCUCCGGAGGCUGCUCCGUCUCGGCCACCUGCAGCCCCCGACGACCUGUUGGCCCAGAUCCUAGCGCAGACCCAGGAUACUGCCGCCUUGGUGAAUCGGUUGCAGACCGAGCAACUUGUGGGAGCAGCACCCAAGACGAGGGCCCUGGCUACGGUCAAGGGGGGUCGUCAAGACACCGGCGCCGGGGCGCUCGGAGACGAGGAUGUCGAGGAGGACGCCGAAGAGCUACCAUUGGAUCAGCUCCUCAAGGCGGCAUUGGUGGGGAUGUUGGACAAGAAGAAGCCAAAGACCAAGUCACGAACAACGGGCCUACCCCUCACCAUGGACCAUUCGGAUUCCGAAGGGGAGGAAGAUCCUUUGCGGCGCCUGAGUGGUGCCAAGGGCACGAUGCUUCUGGAAAAGCUUCGGUUUGCCAUGGAGAGCGAAUCUCAGGCUUACAUCAAUGCGAUCGAGGGCCUGGCCGCCCAAACGUUGGGCGAGGCCUCAGCCUCCGCCCACACCAUGGAGAAGUACAUCAAGGAUCAGCUCCCGAUUGGUGCCGAGCGUACGUUGGGCUACAUGGUUUGGGGCAUAGGGCGUGCGUUGACCCUACUACGUGGUGGGGAGACCGCCAAGGCGCACCUGGUGCUGUUGUUGCUGAUUACAGCUACGGAGCAUUUCAAGCUGGACAACACCUGGAGCUCAGCAUGGCGGAUCACACACUUGACGCCUCCUCCGUUUUCGGACUGGCGCACUCGCGGGGAGCACCACCUCGCCCAGUUACGCUCCGACCACUCGCACACCAGGUUGGCCCAUGCCACGUGGAUGGCCGCGAUCGCAGCAAAGUUAAAAGACGAAGAGGUGCUGACAAAGAAGCGCUUCCAGAACCAAGGCGAUCCACCAAACAGACCAGACAGGCCCCCUCGUGGACGCGGCAGAGGCAAGGGCGCACAGGAGGCGCCGAACACGCAGUGA